GGCGGCCCUCCUACCGGCAGGCUGGCGUACACGCGGAAGUCUCAGUUCCGCUCACUGGAGUCAGUUGUAAGUUGCCCUCCAAACUGAGAACCGACUGACCCGACGCGUCUCUCUUCCUCCCUCGAGCACCGGCAGAGAGCGGCUCCGCAAAGGCAAGGUGAAUCAUGAGCAACUACAGUGUCACCCUGGCUGGUUCGGCCCCGUGGGGCUUUAGACUACAAGGAGGGAAGGACUUCGGCCUUCCCCUUACGAUUUCACGGCUGACUGAUGGAGGAAAGGCAGCCAAAGCCAAGAUUAGCGUCGGAGACGUCAUCCUUUCCAUAAAUGGCAUCUCCACUGACACCAUGAACCACCUCGAAGCCCAGAACAAGAUUAAAGCCUGCACGGGCAAUCUGAGCCUAAAUCUACAGAGAGCCUCAAGUGCAGCCAAAGGCGGGUCUCAGAUGCAGGUUGAGCCUCAAGAAAUCAUUAAGCCCGUCCCAAUCACCCACACGGCUCCGAGCAGCACAUACUCAAAGCCGUCAAGCCAGGCCGGUCCCGCCUACAACAAGACAGCCCGACCAUUUGGGGGCGACAGAGGCUCUCCGACGCCUUCUUCCGCCCCCAAAGUGGCCUUCAUCCCCUCCGAAUCGUCGGCAUUUACGCCAGCUCAACCACUCUCUCAACCCCCGCAACCUCCGUUCCCGAUCAAGUCCAACCUCGCCGCCCCAGAUUCCAUUUUGGCUCCCCAGGCUAGUCCCACUCGCUCCACCAUCAGCUCCCUGUCCUCCUCGUCGUCCAGUUCGUCCUCUCCUGGCAGAGUGACGGCCCCUCCCUCCCAGCCCUCUGUGCCGCAGCCAUCCGUCUAUAACUCCCCCAUCAAUCUCUAUUCCAACAACAACGCCUGCGAGGUGGCCAUGGGGCAAAGGCGAGGCCUCCUGGAGAGCCAGGGGCUGUCGGAGCAGUUCAAUGGGAAAGAUUUGGACAUGAACCACGCAGCUGCUCUGAGUGAAGCCAGCAAGAAGCGACUAAUUGAGGACACGGAAGACUGGCACCCGAAAACCGGAACCGCCCAGUCCCGCUCCUUCCGGAUCCUGGCCCAGCUCACUGGCACUGAAAAUGAGCUCGCUCCCGAGAACAAUGGAAAAACUGAUGUCUUGGAAAAAGCCUCUCCCAGUGUGCACACCUUGCCUGCAGCCAAAAUAUACUCCAAACAAACGCCUCCUCGGAACGGCAACGUUGUGGUGGCUCCCUCUGCGUUCAAGAGCCCCGUGGCCCAGAACAACCUCUCUUAUCAGCCUGGGGGCCCGUCAGGCUUCCUCAAGGGUGGCGCAGCCCCUUCGUUCGGCAAGGUUACCAAUCCCCCUCCUAAAGGCCCAGACCGGCCCAUCCCGCAGCCCCACCCCCAGGACCUCAACUCUGUGGUGCAGAGAGCCGAGCACAUCCCGGCCGGAACGCGCACCCCCAUGUGCAGCAAGUGCAAUAACGUCAUCAGGGGCCCCUUCCUAGUAGCCAUGGGCAUGUCCUGGCACCCUGAGGAAUUCAACUGCGCCCACUGCCACUCUUCCCUGACAGACUGCGGGUUUGUGGAGGAAAAAGGCCAGGUGUACUGCGAGCACUGCUACGAGCAGUUCUUUGCUCCCACUUGCGCCCUCUGCCAGCAGAAGAUCCUGGGGGAGAUCAUGAACGCCUUGAAGCAAACCUGGCACGUGUCCUGUUUUGUCUGCUCGGCCUGUCAGCAGCCAAUCCGGGGCAACAUGUUUCAUAUGGAGGAUGGGCAGCCAUACUGUGAAAUGGACUACUACAAAUUGUUUGGCACAAACUGCCAUGGCUGUGACUUCCCUAUUGAGGCGGGAGACAAGUUCUUGGAGGCUUUAGGAUUCACAUGGCAUGACACCUGCUUUGUGUGCGCGGUGUGCACCGCCAAUCUGGAAGGUCAACCCUUCUUCUCCAAGAAAGACAAGCCUUUGUGCAAGAAACAUGCCCACAUUGUCAAUAUCUGACCCUCCCCUUGCAAUGUUUUCCAGCAAUAGCUACAUUCAUAUGAGAGUCAAAUCCGACAUAUUUAAAGUUACUUCACGUGUAUACAGGUUAAAUAAUAACGGGUCCAGUGUUUCUCCUUUUCUAUUUUCUUGCAAUUUAUAGAUGCAUUUCAAGAGUCUGCCAACUUUCUCUUACGGUUCUUGGUUUAAUUUUAACACGGGGGACAUUUUGCUUUCCCACAGAGCAGAGCAGGGAUAUGAUGGUGUGAUGAUGUGUCCAGCCUCUCAGGGGUCACAAAAAUACUUCUAUGCUAUUAUGCAGUAUAUGAACAAUACAAUUAAACUGAAAGCACAACUUGUAACAGACUAAACAUACAAGCAUCCUUUAUUUUUUAUAAAAUACCCGAUGAUUGUGUGUCGUUAGUAUUAUUUCGUAAUAUAUUUUUCCAUUAAUUGUUAUUAAAUCAAUUAGUAAAUGGUAUUGCCUAUUUUUGGAUUCGGAUAUUACCCAUACCACAUCUAUAUGGAUUUGCGUUAAAUGUUGCAAAUUUAUCCCAGCAGAAUUUCUUGUAUUAACAUAAAACAACUCUAAUAUAUUCCUCCCAAAGCUGCCAUUUUUCAUGCGCCUUGCACACUUUUAUGAGUGGAAUAAAACCAGACUUAUGUAA